AUGUUGACCGACGAACAGUCCGGUCGAAACCGGCUACCGCCCAUGUUGACCUCCCCUCCACCCCCGAAAAGACACAAGUCCGAGUCAACACCAGCGAGUGAGGCCGGUCGCUCCUCGCGUUACUAUCACUCUGGGUCCAUACCCUCGAGCGAACGGUAUCAUUCAUCGUCAAUUCCUGCCAGUGACCGCUAUCAAUCGUCAUCAAUUCCUCCCCGCGAACGCUAUCAGUCAUCGUCCAUUCCUCCGAGCGAGCGCUAUCAAACCUCAUCAAUUCCGGCCAGUGAUCGAUACCAUAAUGGUUCCUCCGCCCCGGCCAAUGAACGGGCCCGGUCGCGCCAAACCUCGACCGCCAUGGAUAUCUAUAUGAUUACAGACCGGAACCCCUCAGACAAGGAUGGCGAUCGGAGAAUUGGCCGUUUCCUCAGCAAUGGCUCUGUCGCAUCACAAGCAUCCCAGGCCUCACAUGCCUCCGGCUCGUCGCCACCCGUAGUAGUCUCCAAUCGCACAAUCCCCGAAAAGUACCCUCCGUAUAAAGAAAAUAACCGCAUGUAUCAUUCCUACCGCAAAGGCACCUACAUGCUGCCCUGCGACGACGAGGAACAGGACCGCCUCGACAUCUUCCAUAAGCUCUUCACGGUCGCCCGUGUAUCAGACGGCCUGAUCUACGCACCACAUCCUAAAAAUUCGCGCAUCCUGGAUCUGGGCUGUGGCACUGGAAUUUGGAGCAUUGAAGUUGCAAAUAAAUACCCCGACUCAUUCGUGGUAGGCGUUGAUCUCGCCCCAAUUCAACCACAAAACCACCCCAAGAAUUGCGAUUUCUACGCUCCGUUCGAUUUCGAAAGCCCAUGGGUCAUGGGUGAGGAUUCCUGGGAUCUGAUUCACCUGCAAAUGGGAAGCGGGAGCGUUGCCAGUUGGCCCAGUCUAUACAAGCGGAUUUUCUCACACUUGCGCCCAGGCGCAUGGUUUGAACAAGUCGAAAUCGAUUUCGAACCACGCUGCGACGAUCGGUCGUUAAGUAACCUCGCCCUUCGUCACUGGUACACAGCCCUGAAGCGCGCCACGGAAUCAACGAUGCGCCCGCUGGCCCAUAGCUCCCGCGAGACGAUUCGCAAUCUGCAAGAGGCUGGCUUCACGGAAAUCGACCACCAAAUGGUGGGGCUACCCUUGAACCCCUGGCACGACGACGAGCACGAGCGCAAAGUUGCCAGCUGGUACAAUCUCGCCAUCUCGGAGAGCGUGGAAAGCCUCAGUCUGGCUCCUUUCAGCCGGGUGUAUGGUUGGCCCAUUGAAAAGAUUAAACGCCUCGCGACGGACGUGAAGACCGAAGCUUUCAAUAAAGAUCUGCGCUGCUACAACAUUUUGCAUAUUUACCAAGCUCGCAAGCCGCUCGCCAACUAG